AUGACUUCAGCUGACCGGUUUUUGGAUGCUGAUCAAGAGCCUCUACAAAGACUAUCAUCAAUCCAAGAUUAUCGUAAAGAAUCUUUGGUGAAGCUUGAAGACGCUGUGAAGAGUAUUCAACUUUUAACAUAUGACUAUGAACGCAUGGUACUGACGGCAAAGAGAAAGAUGUAUUGUCCAGGGGAUAAACUCACAGUUGAUGAAGCAGCUGCCAUUUAUCUUUAUACUAUGUGGUAUUGGAGAGCUAAUGAAGCUAUUGCUAUAAAACUGAAUAGAGUACUUCGAUCCGGAGUACCAAACCAUGUUAUCCCUUGGGCUUCCUAUAUUCAACUCUUCGUUACUGGCUUGAAUAAAUUACCACCAAAGAAGGGUACUGUUUGGUGUGGUGCUCGAGGCGACAUUACCGCUCAUUAUCAAAACGAAUGUAUCUGGACAGGAUUCAGCCCUUGCACGGGAACUAAACUCGUAAUUGAUGAUCUUCUCAAUAAAUGCGCUGUCUACACUAUGUUUGAAAUUGAAUGCAUCAACGGGAAAUCGAUUCGCGACUAUUCUGAAGAUCCUAACGAGAACGAAGUUCUACUGAUGCCUGGUACACGCUUCCGAGUUAUGAAGAAAGAAGAUUUAAAAUAUGGUUCUAGAAAAGUUUAUUUAAAAGAAGUAGAAUCUCAAAGUCAGCUGUUACCUCAGCCGUCAGGUUAUCUAUCCUCAACGAAUCAAGCAUAUCGCACAGAUCAAGGCUUACCUUCACCCUCAAUUCAACCAAGCAAGAAACCAGAGGUUCCACAAGUAAAUACUACUUAUAAAUUGGUAGUACUCCAAACACCAAGCGAAAAUCAAAAAUCUCAACCACAAAAAUCUACUGUCGAAACAAAUACAUUUAAUAAUUUUCGCAUCGACAAACCUUCUCCCGGUUCAGGGAUUGAAUCCGUUGGAAGAAAGAAUGAAUAUUCUGCUUCGGAUAAAUCUUGGCUAAAUCGCCAGUAUCACGACGACAGCAAGCAAAUGAUUAUGACUCCUGAAGAUCUGGAAACGAAGGUACAAUACCCUGCUUCAAGUUGUGAUCGUGGUAUAUUAAAUCGUGUAGAAGGGUCAAUGUUGGGUAUGGCCUUAGGUGAUGCGCUUGGAGCUCAUGUUGAAUUCCGACCACGACAAUACCUGGAAGAAAACCCUGUUCAAGAUCUUCAAGAAGGAGGAACGUGGGGUCUCAAAAAAGGACAAUUCACAGACGAUACAUCGAUGGCUUUAUGUCUAGCUGCAUCAUUGGUAUGUCGUCGCGAUUUCGUUCCAUAUGAUCAGCUAGUGCGAUACAAGUGGUGGUACAGAGAUGGCUAUAUGUCUUCGACUGGCCAAUGUUUCGAUAUUGGGGCUGCCACCAGUCAAUCGCUACGCGAAUUCGAGCGCCGCCAAAAACUAUUUGCUAAUGAACACAGUAUUGCUUCUACCGAACUGGAUUCUCUGUCCGACCAGGCUCUGUUAAAAGAAUUCAAAGUAAAUUGUAGUGAAGAUGGUGCAGCUGGUAAUGGAGCCUUGAUGCGAUUAGCUCCCGUUCCUCUCUUUUUCUAUCGAGAUCCUAUUAAAGCUGUUGAAUAUUCUGGUAUUAGUGGCAUAAUUACUCAUGGUGAUCAAAAAGCGUCGGAUGCUUGUCGAUAUUAUGGUGCUUUGAUUGUAGCUGCUCUGCUGGGUGAAACAAAGGCACAGUUGCUUGAUAAUGAUUUCUAUUCGAAACAUAAACAUUGGUUUGGCAGCAAAUCGCUUACGCAAGAAGUGUUAAAUGUUGCCCAAGGAUCCUACAAGAAACCUGGUGGUUAUCGUGAAGGUAUCCGAGGUAAAGGAUAUAUUGUUAGUGCUCUCGAAGCAGCCUUAUGGGCCUUUUGUUAUGACGACAACUCUUUCGAGAAAGGUGUUCUCGACGCAGUCAAUCUUGGUGAUGACACUGAUACGACUGCUGCUAUUUACGGUCAAUUGGCUGGUGCUCACUAUGGCUAUGAGCGUUUGCCUGAAAGAUGGAAAAAACAAGUGUAUGCGAGUAAUUUCAUCAAAUGUUUAUGCAAGUGGAUCGUUUACGAAGGAGAGCUAUGCAACUCAAAAUCUUCUAUUUCGAAAGAACCAGGAUCAAGUCAUCAGCCUCAAUCUAAUGUUCUUUCACAAUCUAAAUCUGUGUGCAGUCCGAUGUCCACGGGCAGAAUAAUAGAAGCUCCAGCAACUCAUGCUGCGUCUCAUGUGCGAUCUUUAGACACGUAUGGAGCGCCGAGACCAAUGCCUUCCUCGCACACUCCCACACGAGCUACUUAUUCGACAGCUGCGGCAGAACCAUCGAAUUUGCCUUGGGCAUCGAGUGAAAGACAAACCUUUUAUAGUCCCAAUAACGGAUUAGGAUAUAGCAUCAAUAGCGCAUUCUCACCCCACAAUGAUUUUCGGACGAAGUAUACGAAUGACCAUCUGACACGGUCGAUGCAAGUGAAUGAUAUACGAUCGGCUUAUGAUCCUAUACUACGUCGUACCCAUGAUCAUGCUACAGGGUAUGGCUAUAGUGGUACGGUAUUACAGGAUACUGGUUAUGGACCAUCUCCCGAUACACGCAUGCGGGGUUAUCGCAGACCUUAA